AAGCAGAGCACACACAAACCAAACCUACGAUGACAUCAGUGGAGUCCGAGAGGGGGAGCCCGGCCCGGCCCUUCUUUAAGAUCACCACCCGCCCCCAUUGCCAUCUCCCACACCUCUCUCUCUCUCUCUCCCUCGUCAUCUUCGUCUUCUUCUCGCCCGGUGACACUCGAGAGGGAAGGAACAAUUCACCAGCUAGCUUGCGCUUGCUUGAUCUUCUCUGCUGCAAGCCGCUGAUCGGUUCUUUCCGGGAGGGAAGCGUCGGGGUUUGGCUCUUCUGUCAGGCUGGCUCUUGACAUGUUCAGAUCCAAGGUCCAGGAGAUGAUCCUCAGGAGGAGGUCCAGGUCCAUGAACGGCGCCGCAUGCGCGCAGCACGCCGGCAACUCUUCCACGGCCCCGUGCGACGCCGGCGGCAAGGCUGCUGCUACUGUUGCUUUUGCUGCUCGCGCGCCGUUGUUCGCCGCGCCGAGGCUGCUUCACUCGUCGUCGCUCCCUGCCGGCGACCGCGCCGCGGUCAUCACUGGGAGCCCCGCGCGGGACUCCGAGACGACGGCCGCCUACGCCAUGAGCCCGACCUCCGUGCUGGACGCAUCAGCGGCCUUCGGCUCGACCGUGGACGCCGGCGGGGGCAAGCGCCGGCCGUGGUGCGACGGGUGCGCGGGCCCGCACGGGCUCGCCGACGUGCUCGACUGCGCCCACGAGGCCCAGCGGAGGAAGAGCGUCCUCCGGAGCACCGUCAGAGCGCAGGCGCCGGCUCUUGUCAGGUCGUGCUCCCUGGACCGGCGCGUGGAGUUCGGCGUCAAGAACAAGAGCUCAUGGCUGCCGCUGCGCGCCGCCCGCGCGGGGGCGGCCGAGGAGUCGGAGGACGGGCUGUCGUCCGAGGACUACACCUGCGUCAUCUCCCGCGGGCCCAACCCGCGGACGGUGCACAUCUUCGGCGACCGCGUCGUGGAUUCAUCCGCUUGCAGGUGAUUACCACGGAGAAGAGCUACACGGGGAGAAACUGUGUUGGCGCUGCAGGGACGAAGCCUCGACGCCUCAAAGCAGGAGGAGGUGCUGGCCGCCCUCAAAGUGUCGACCUGUCGACGCACAAGAUACCGGUGAAGAUCAGGAACGAUAAGAAGAUCAGGAAGCAGCCUCUUGCUUGGCCUGCAAACAGUGCCACAUCACAGGUCCUAGUCCCUGUGUUGUGCCAUGAGAAGCAGAGAGCACAAGGAAGGAAUGUGUCGACAAAGUUGUCGGAGUAGGUUCGGCUACCAUUUUUGACCUAUAGCACAGAAGCUGCUUAAGCUAGCCGCUUCAGUCGAAAUGCCGCCAUCUUUUUGUUAGUAAUUUGUGAGCUGUGACUUGAAAUGUUGACUUUGUCCUAUACAAAUUGUUGUUGAUCUACGCCAAGCGGUGUGAGUUGGGUUGAAUCUACACCAAAAUUGUUGUGUCA